AAAUCUUCUUGAACUCUCCUCCAGUUGGUAAUAGAGAUAAAUAGCAAUGGCGUCUUUUUGUAAGAACCAGCAAUUGUUCGUUGGAGAAAGCCUAUGAGGAAAGUUAAUGGCGUUUUUGUAGAGUUUUUGGAUAAUCCCCGAAAAUAAGGUCAGUAGUAAACACAGGUUUAGGAGAUUUUAUAUGUUUAUGUGCUUUAUUACAGGUAACAAAUUUAGGACUCAUCACUGCAUUCUCUACCAGAAAGUUUUUUGGCCGUCUUUGAUGUCACUUAGGUUGAUACAUUGCUAUGUUUUCAUAUAUAAAGCACUUUUACAUCAUUACUACAUUUUAGACAUACAAGUUACCACACCGGUCUUGGGGAUGGCUAAAUCUAGAAAUGAAUUUGGUGUCUACUGAGUUAGGUAAAUCAGCUUUUAGUUUUCUUGUUUUCUUUGUGGAACAACCUUCAAAAUGUUCUUAAAUUUGAUGUUUUGGUGCCUCUAGGGCAAUACAGGAAGCUGAUUGAGGACCUUAUUACUGAUUUAAUGUGUUGUUUUUUUAUGACCAUGUUUUUCUUUCUUUCUGCUUGCAUUUUUUAUUUAUAUUUUGCUGUGUCUCUAUUUUCUCAAAUUGAUGUAAUUCAGGGCUCAUCUGUAAAAGAGACCUUGGUCUUAGCCGGAGCAUCGGCUCUCGGACCAACAGACUCCAAGACAGCUUCUACUCCAAGCCAUAAGACUGCCAAAUAGUAUAUUGAUUGUACCCAAACUAUCGGCACUGACUCUAUCUUGCGCUGACCUUAUGCACACUCACUAGACUUUAUAUACACACACUAUGCUGUCACUCAUACACAAAUCCUUCAAACAUUCAAACACUACACACACACACAAGCAUACACAAUUUUACAUGAAUCAUUUGCUGCUGCAACUCUGUUCUUUAUUUUACUCUUAUCAUUAUCUAUCUGGAUGCCUGGUCACUAUACCCUGCCUGGUCACCUCGUACCUCUGCACAUUGAUGUGGUACUCCCUGUAUAUAGCUCCAUUCUUGUUUAUUUUAUUUAUGUCAUUCCUCUUGUGUUAGUUACUAUUUUAUUUUUUAAACUUUGCAUCUUUGGGAAAGGUUCGUAGGCAAGCAUUUAAUUGUAACGUCUACACCAAUUGUAUUCAGCUCAUGUAAUAAAUACAAUUCUAUUUGAUUGAUAACAGCAUUUUCUGCAGUUGAAUGCAAUGAAAAUAUUAUUUAUGAAAAGCAAUCAAUGAAUGUGUUUUGAACACUGUAAUUUGUUUAAAAGCAUAAUAUCUGUACUUUCAGUGUGUUUCACGCUGCUUGUUGGACGUUAGCCAAUCUUCAUUUCUUAACGCGUUCAAAGCACCUGAAUGUUUUCUUGGAGUAGACCGAUAUAGAAGGGUAUAACAUUCAUUGCAGACAUAUUUUUUUCCUCACAUAGUUACGAUAUUACUCAACUAAAGGAAUAAUCUGGUGAAUCAUUACGUUUAUGGAUAGAUGUUGGUACACUAUUCAAAGUGACCACUGUAUGUCGCUGCUGCACUAGCUAGCUUCUAAUUUACCAACUGCAGCCGUUCAGUAACGCACACUUGUGUCUAUCAGAGCAAUAACAACGACGAGCAAACACGCCACAGAACAAACCCUUGCCCGAAUAAUUGCCACAAUAACACAUAUUGCAGUUACAUCUCCACCCGAUCCUAAUGAAGAAGCUUCGGUUUGACUGACUGGGAGAUGGGAGUACAAAACAUAACAGACCAGACUCCACUGGUCCAGGCUAUAUUUAGCCGAAAUGCAGAAGAAGUGAAGUUAUUGUUGCACAAGAAUGAAGAAGUCAAUGCACUGGACCAAGAACGCCGUACCCCCUUACAUGCUGCUGCGUGUUUGGGCGAUGUUCACAUUAUGGACCUUCUCAUUAAUUCAGGUGCUAGUAUUAACGCUAAGGACCAAGGCUGGCGGACUCCCCUGCAUCGGGCAGCUGCCUCACAGAACGAAAAGGCCGUGGGGCUGCUGCUGAGACAGGAUGCGGAGGUCAAUGCCCGGGAUAAAUUCUGGCAGACGCCGUUGCACGUGGCUGCGGCGAACCGGGCCACACGCUGCGCUGAGGCUCUCAUCCCCAAGCUGAGCAGCCUGAAUGUGGCGGACCGCUCCGGCAGGACGGCUUUGCAUCAUGCUGCACACAGCGGCCACGUGGAGAUGGUGAAUUUGCUCCUCAACAAAGGGGCCAACCUGAGUGCCAGCGAUAAGAAGGAGAGACAGCCAAUCCACUGGGCCGCAUACCUUGGGCAUCUGCAGAUCGUGAAGCUUCUUGUGUCGCGGAGCGCGGACGCCAUGUGCAGGGACAAGCGCGGUUAUACCCCGCUCCACGCCGCAGCUGCCAGCGGCCAGAUUGAGGUGGUCAAGUACCUACUGCGGCUGGGCUCAGAGAUUGAUGAGCCUAACGCCUUUGGGAACACAGCGCUCCACAUGGCGUGCUACACGGGCCAGGAGGCGGUGGCCAACGAGCUGGUGAACCGCGGCGCAAACGUCAACCAGCCCAACCACCACGGCGGCACGCCGCUGCACCUGGCCGCUGUCUCAACCAACGGGGCGCUCUGCCUCGAGCUGCUAGUCAACAACGGCGCUGACGUCAACAUGCAGAGUAAAGAAGGGAAGAGCCCUUUGCACAUGGCCGCUAUUCACGGGCGCUUCACCCGCUCCCAGAUCCUUAUCCAAAACGGUGGGGAUAUAGACUGUGUAGAUAAAUAUGGCAAUACUCCUCUUCACGUUGCUGCUAAGCACGGCCACGAGCUGCUGAUCAGCACCCUGAUGACUAACGGUGCUGACACAGCCAGGCAAGGGAUUCAUGGGAUGUUUUCGUUGCAUUUGGCUGUGCUCUACGGGUUUUCAGACUGUUGUCGCAAGUUACUCUCCUCAGGUCAGCUGUACAGCAUUGUAUCAUCUCUAAGCAACGAGUAUGUGCUGUCAGCCGGGUUUGACAUCAACACCCCAGACAGCCUGGGGAGGACCUGCCUGCACGCUGCUGCCUCUGGAGGAAACGUUGAAUGUCUUAACUUGCUGUUGAGCAGUGGUGCCGACUUGAGUAAAAAGGACAAACUGGGAAAAGCUCCUUUGCACUACGCUGCUGCGAAUGGGAGCUACCAGUGCACGGUUGCCCUGGUGAGUGCUGGUGCCGAGGUGAAUGAGCUGGACCAGAAAGGCUGCAGCCCCCUGCACUACGCUGCCGCAUCGCAGACCUUCUGCCGAGUGGACAGACAUUACUCAGUCGGACACCAGAGUGAGGAGAGGGAAAAGGAGGACUUUUUUUGUUUGGAGUAUCUGCUGGAUAACGGGGCUGACCCGGCUCUGAGGAACACCAAGGGUUACAGCGCAGUCCACUACGCAGCAGCCCACGGAAACAAGCAGAACCUGGAGCUGCUCUUGGAGAUGUCGUUCAACUGUCUGGGAGACGUGGAGAGCAGUGUUCCAGUUAGCCCUUUGCACUUAGCCGCGUAUAACGGUCACUGUGAGGCGUUGGGGGUGCUGUCUGAGACGCUGGUUAGUCUGGACGUUCGGGAUGCGGGGGGGCGCACCGCCCUCUACUUGGCGGCCCAGAAGGGACACGCUCAGUGCUUGGAGGUCCUGCUGUCCCACGGGGUCUCCUGCCACCUCAGGGAGCGCCGCAACAAGUGGACCCCACUCCAUGUCGCAGCUUCCAACGGCCGAACAGACUGUCUGCUCAUGCUGGUCAACCGAGGGGAAAAGGCUGACAUCAUCGACAUUGCCGACGUACAGGGACAGACGGCUCUGAUGCUGGCAGCUCUGGGCAGUCACACUGACUGUGUCCACAUCCUGCUGGAGAAGGGAGCCGGGGCUGACGCCGCCGACAAGCGAGGCCGCACAGCCCUACACAGAGCUGCGGUGAUGGGCUGUGAGGACUGUGUGUCGGCCCUGCUGGAGCAUGGUGCUUCGGCUCUGUGCAGGGACUUCCGAGGGCGCACCCCCCUGCACCUGGCUGCUUCCUGCGGCCACAUGGAGCUCCUGCGCAGCCUGCUGCAGGGCGCCACACGCACCGACCCCCUCGACUCAAUGCUGGACUACAGUGGAUACACUCCCACCCACUGGGCCGCUUACCACGGGCACGAAGACUGUUUGGACGUUUUACUUGAACACAAACCUUUUAGUAUCCAGGAAGGAAACCCCUUCACCCCAUUGCACUGUGCUCUAAUAAAUGGCCAUGAUGGUGCUGCUGAACUCCUGGUAGAGACGGUCGGACCUCAGAUGGUGAACAUCAGAGACGCCAAAGGAAGGACCCCGUUGCAUGCAGCUGCCUAUUCGGAGAGUGUGGGCGGGCUGCAGCUGGCCCUGGUCCAGGGGGCAGAGGUCAAUGCCGUGGACACCACAGGACGCUCCGCCCUGAUGGUUGCCUCCGACAACGGACGGACCGCAGCCGUCGAGAUCCUGCUGCACCAGGCCAAGGCAGACCUGACCCUGCUGGAUGUCAACGACAACACCGCCCUUCACCUGGCCUGCAGCAAGGCUCAUGAGAUGUGUGCCCUGUUAAUCCUGGGAGAGAUCAGCGACCCCUCCCUCAUCAAUGCAACAAACAGUGCACUGCAAAUGCCCCUUCAUAUCGCAGCGAGGAACGGUCUGGCUACAGUGGUCCAGGUGCUCCUCAGCCAGGGGGCAGCUGUGAUGGCUAUAGAUGAGGAGGGCCACACCCCGGCCCUGGCCUGUGCCCCUAACAAGGACGUGGCGGACUGCCUGGCCCUGAUCCUCUCCACCAUGAAGCCUUUCCCUCCCAAAGACGCCAGCGCCGCCGCCUCCUUUGGCCUCAACCUGCUGAAGCACUGUGGCAUCGCCACCACCUGCGGGCCCCUGCCCAACGGCACCCUGCACCACGCCUACGCCAAGGACCGCCACGGCACCGCCGGCCUGGACGGCUGCUUCACCGAGUGAACCCCCAACCUGUUCCCCUCAGACCUCCCUACCCUGUCCCCUUACAUCUUUAACUAGCCAGAUCUGCCCUCUUUAAUCCACUAUGAUCUGGGGGACCCCCCCCCCCCCCUUCUAACACACACAACAAGAGCAGGAAUUUACUUUGAUUUACGUGUGUGUGUUUGGAUGUGUGUGUUUGGAUGUGUGUGUGUGUGUGUGUGUGUGUUUGGAUGUGUGUGUGUGUUUGGAUGCAUGUUUGGAUGUGUGUGUCGGUAUAUGUGCGCGUGCGUUUGUCUUUUGUGUGUUUAAAGAAAAACAAAAUCCCUUAUGGGUGCAGUCAAACCUAUAUGCAAUUAUUUGCCUCUCUGUGGCAUAUCGUCUCUGUCGUCGCUAGCCUGGCCUUAGGUCAGACACCCUCUGUCUAGUGUCCAGGACAGAGCACGUCACUGAGUCCCUCUGAAUCGUACCGGCAGAGUUUCUGUAUCAUCAUGAAGUUAUCACGGUUUUGUUGAAUUAACAGAUUCACAAGCAUGUGUUAUAAGCUACAGUCUAAAUUAAUUCUAAAUUAAAAUUAUUGUGAAUUUUUGAUAUUGCACUUCAACAACGAAUAAACUUACCUCGCAAAUCCCAGUGAAAGAGAUGACCUAGUAGAAGGAGAACGGUGCCUCGCCAACUUCUACUCUGACUGAAACUGGUGCAAUAGGCAGCAUGUGUGGGUCUUUCCAGUGCUGUGCCUCUCUCCGAAGACUAGAAUAAAACUGAAGUAGUAGAGUGAGGGAAAACACGAGAGAAAGUGGGAGAGAGUGAUAGACCGUCGCUGGGUUUGACUGUACAGUUAAGGGUCUGGGUGAGUUGAGAGCUCUGCAGAGAAGCCCAUGGAUUUGAAAACAAGCGGUGACAAGCUGGUGUUGACUCACCUAGAAGUCCAACAACAAGCACCUCCCACUGGCUAAGGCCGUCUGAGUGACAUCAUCCACCAGGUCCAGUAGAUGCCUGACUUUGGUUGGCUGGGUUUUUCUGCAUUAGCCUCCUCUCACUGAGUCCAUACUGAAGGGAGUAGUUGUGGGUCUUGCCUGAACCCCACUCCCGCUUGUCACUGUCGUAGAAUACUUUUGGUACCUUAAGUAAGGCGGUUCUAAGACGUUUCUGGAUAUUUAACAAUGUUGUGCCUAUGGAAUACUGAGAGACGACCACAACCCCUUAACCUCACCUAGUUUAUACCCUCUGAUCCCCCACCUGAUCCCUGAUUUAUUUAAGAUUUUAAAAGAGAACAAUACUAGUGGGACAUUUUUAAAGGAUGAAAUGUAGAUUUGAAGAGAAAUGGGUUUAGCACACAUACUGAACAGCAUAAGCUAUUUUUGUUGCUGUCGUAUAAACACUUGUUUACAUAAUGUAAAUGGUCGUCGUAUUUACUUGUGAAUCGACAGUCUAAUAUGUUUGCACAAUAAGGCCAUGCCUCCAGUAGGAAAAUAAAGAGCGAAGACGUGUUUUCAAUAUAGCUGCUAAAAUAUUCCUGCCUUUUCCAUGGAUUCUAUUCACGGUUUCUGUCAAUGCGGGUCUACAUUUGGUGUGUACAUUUUUUGGGGGGUUAUUGGGAAGCAAUAUUCAAACAGACUUCAAAUUCUUUAGCAUUUUUUUUCUUUUCAUGCAGUUUGCUGUGUGGAAAGGUUCAUGUUUUUACCUCAACAUUGGGGAUGAUUUCAAGUUUUCAAGAAAAUAAUUUGCACUACCCCUAAAGUUAAAGUAUUAUUUUUCAAAUGGAAUAGGUAGAAUGUGUUUUUAUUGUUUUUCUAUUCUUUCCAAACAGUCAUACUUGAAAAAAAGUCUGUAAUCCCAAUCAAACGGCAUGCGCUGUAAUCCUCACUUGUCACGUUGAUAGGCAUAGCAUUGGGAGUUGUCAAAAGUACAGCCAAAACCACAAAUGCAUUCGUUUUAAAUUUUAAUUAGGCACGUCUUGUACUUACCUCAAAGCUUUUAACAACGCAACUCUUUGACCUCUGUUUGGGCCACACUAUAGAUCCAUUCAUUUUUGUUGAAAGCUUCUCUGCCGCCUUUUGCACAGUAGUUGAAUCAGUUUAGUUUUAAGGUUAUCAUUUGAUUACGCUGUUUAUGAAGAUUGUUAGUUAUGUUCAUCUGAACAGAAUUCAAAAUGAUGUUCACUCAGUUUGUAAUUGUUUUCUUGAGAUUGUAGAGAUUUCCCCCCCCAAUUUUUUUUUAUUACAAAAUCAGUUUUUAUCAGCAUUUGACUCUGGUCAAAUAUUCAUAAAGUAAUUUGAAUAUUUAAACAGGAAAAGGUAUUUUUAAAUCCAUGGUGUACUGUAACAUUAUGCAUUAGCCUGCUUUGUAUCUGUAUUUUCCAUAUUCCAAAUGUAGUUAGAUGGCAAAAUUGCACAAGUAGUGUUACUGUACCGAUGCAUAUCUUUUCUCUUAACAGUACACCAUAUUGACAAAGUAUGGCUGACACAAAAAUACAAAUAUUUAUAUUAUGUUGGUACGGUUAUGUAUGGACAGCUACUUUUUUCCCCUUUUUUUUUGAGAUGACAAUCAGCAUCACAAGGGCUUUUUAUUUAUAAGUAAAUGCUUUUCGGAAGUUGUUUUUAAGAAGUGUAUUUCGGGAUUUUAUUUAUUUGAAUGUCAAAGAAUCAUAAAAGUCAUUUGAGCAUUUCUUUACACCCGUUUUGAAGUAUGUGUGCUCCCAUUUCUCUUUUGCGGCAACAAGAACACCAUGUUGACAUGUCUGGUACAAAUACCUCCAUUGUGUUAUACACUGACAACCUUAACCCCCUUUCUCCGUUACAUUGUUGUUUCUCUCUGGAUAUGCCUCAUUCCUAUUAUCAGUUGUGUAACCUAGAAUUGUUCUCUUUUGAAUGGAAUAUCAAAAUAAUUUUUCACGUCUCCUUAGAUGUACAUACUAUUCAUUAUAUUAAGAAAAAAAAACAUUUGAUGCAUCAAUUUCUGAAUCAUAUUGCAGCCUGAGAUUCCUUGUCAGCUCCUGGUGCAGUCAAUCAUAGGGCUGGGAAGGAACUGUGUUUUAAAAAAGAGAAUCUUAAAAAAGUUAAAGCUUAUCUUGCACCUAUUCAGAUGCCAGUAAGGGUAUUCCACAAGGGUUUUAAUGUCAAAGCCUUUUAAAGAAAAAAUAAGAUGACAAGGUCAAUAUCCUUUACAUGAUGUAGGAAUAGCAAAUUCCAAAACCAGUGACGUUGUUCCUCAUAUUUAUACUAAUAUGCUGAAAAAAUGAUUGUAUUAAGCUACCUGAAAUUUGUGGCAUUUUACAUAAUAUGAUGUCAGAGAAGGUUUAGGCCCAGUUCGAUGAGGUAAGAUCACAUCGAAUAGUAAGCCAUUUAAUAAUGUUCUAGGGUGAAUUGCUUUGUUAAUUAUAAUUGUUGGGUUGAUUUAAAUGAGAAUAGGAACUUACUAGAUCCCAUAAUUUUUUUUUCUCCUAUAUUGUGUAACGGUGUGACAUUUCAUUGACCGUGGAUUUGGUGUAGCCUACGGUUUUGUUGUCGUUAGGCUGGUUAGAUAUGACAUUGAAAACCCCAAUCUCCCUUUUGGAAUAAGUUUCAUUGUGAAACUGAAUCCCUUACUGAUCAAUCAGAUGCCUAAAGACAUACAAGUAAAGAGUUAUAGGACUAAAUUUAUGAAGCCCCUUUCCUUCCCCUUUAAAAAAGUUGUUAUUUCCUCCCUCCCUAUUUAACUAUUCUGUUUACAUUGUGGACAUAGGUUAACCUAGUAUUGUGAUCUUUGGGGCCAUAGAAUGUCGGAAAGCAUUUUAGAUUUUCAGUGAUGCAACAAAAACAACAAUUUUCACUCAGUCCUGACCCAAAGCACUUAUUUGAAGAAUAAGCACUUUUGUAUAUUUAAUAUCUCUAUAUGUGUAUUUAUGUAUACCGGUACAUACAGUAUGUUACCUAUGUAGAUAUAAACUUCUAUAUAGGGAAAACAAUACCUUCAGUGGAGAGAUGAGAGUAGAUGAACUGGUGACUGAUCUUUACAAUCAUGUGUGAUGUGCUUGUGGGAGAGAUGCACUGUUUUAAUUGGAGGGGCAUGUUUCUCUUUGGGGUUAGCAUAAGAGAGCAGUGAAAAGUAUGGUCGCACCUUGGUGUGCACAUGUGCAGCAAAAAAACACAUUUCAAAUGGAAAAUUAUACUUGCGCUGCCUUUCAUUGAGUUGCCAAAAAGCGGGAUGAAACUGAAAAACACUUGACUAUUUACCGAAAUUUGAGAUAUUACGUACAUUUGCAGACAUCUUAACUAAGCCAUAUUAGUCAAUUGCUGACAAAAAUGUGAAUGUAUGGUCUAAAUUAUGGCAGGGGUUUUGGUUUUCGAGUAACUGACUUUUGCUGCACUGGUUAAGUUCUAGAAAUUAUGGGAAAAGAAUGAAAAAUGAACUAAAGCAAAAUAAUCUUUACCUCUGCCUCCUCAUGCAAAGAUGUGGUAGGAUUGUGUUUCAUCUUUUGAUAUGAAAGGAUGGCUAACUUAUUUGUGCCAUUGAAGGGUAUUAUUGCAUUCUGCGGAUGGGUUAGCCUAAAAACGUGGUACAUCCAGCAUAUAUUCCUUACAUUUAGCGGUACAAGUUUCACUCCAAUAUAAUCGUUUUGACUCUUCUAAAUCAUUUGGUGAAUGAUACUUUUAGUUCCCCUCUAGUUUUUGUUUGUCAACAAUGGGCACUAGCACUAAUAGCUGAGCUAUCCCUCCUGUUAACCAUGGACUCACCAUGGACUGCUAUCAAGAUUGCCUUACAAUACCUCUUAGAAAUGAUGUAUAGUUGUUUUGCUACUCUAUAUUUUGUAGCGCGUAGCCGAUUUUUACAUUUGCGAAUGUGUCCGUUUUUGUCUAUCAAAACAGUCGACCUUAAUAACUCCCCAUUCUGUCACCAAGACUCACAAGUGCCGUAGAAAUCCCUGUUUGUCUAUGAAAAAAGGAAUUGUCUUUGAUUCUCAGUGGAGAUGGUAUUUUGUGUGAUGCUCAGCACAAAGAGAGGAACAAUGUUUUUUUUUUAGGGGAUUAGAUUGUGCUUCAUCCUUUAUAAUUCAUCCUUUUUUAUGAAGGUAGAAUUGUAAUUCUGGAUUGCAUCUGAUUAAUUAACUAAUGUAUCAAUUAAACACCGUUUUUGGUUGAUUUCUCACAUGCAACGUCUGAAAUUUUAUCAGUAUGGUAUGGAAAAGCAUCUGUGUAGAAUGUUUUUGUUCUGAAGGACUAAGAACGAUAAUACCUUACAAUGGCUCAAAUGGCAAAGAUGGACAACUUUCUCAAAAUGCUUCAGUUUGUAGGAAUGAGAGACAUGGGCGCUUUGGCCAGUGGAUGGAGUGAAAUAGAUAGCAUUAGAUAGUUGUGAAUGUGCAUGGUGGAAGACUGAUCAAGUCCAAAUUGUAUUUUGAAAAAGCAGUAUGGGUAGUAGGGUAGAAAAUGGUAAAAUUGCACAGACGUAGUUGAGUCCGAGUACUGUAAACUGAGUUACAGGAGAAGUUGGGGAAAGAACUAUUAAAAACUUUGGAAGGAAGCAGAUUCAACACAUCUUCAUUUCUUUCCUUUUUGUUGUUGUUGUAUAGAUUAAGAGUACUUAUGGACUGACAAAAUGUUGCCAUCAGAUAUGUGAAUGGAAAGAGAGAUUAAGUAGGGUCGCGUUGAAAUUGGAGAAUAGGAAGAACAUACACUAUUGAUAUAGUGGCCUAAUGUAGCUGCCUUUAUCUUGAUGAGACACUAUGGUCCUUCUAGUGAGAAAGCAUUCAUAUGGUAUCGAACACUUAUGUCAUGCUGAUUCAAUAACCUCUAAAUUAGGUGUGGAAGGGAUAGAAGUUUGAAACAAAGAGCAUGUUGGUUUCUUUUAGUUAUGCCAGUGAUCACCAUGGUGAUGCUGUCCGUAACGUAGUCCUCUGGGAUAUCUUCCACUUACCUCUAGGACAUCGAUGUCCUUCAUUACUUGAAAACUCAUUGGAUUAAGGCAAUAGCUAGGCAGUUACCUUUUUUUGUUGUCUUUUAGUCCCAUUUGAAAGGAUUCUUUCAAAUCAAGAGAACACCGUGAACAUUUCCUCUUCUCCAAGCAUGAUAUAAACGGCAGAAUUAGAGCUUUCUUUGUUAUUAGAAUUUGUUGAAAAUAAAUGGCUACAAUUUUCUCAAAAAAGUAAGCAGGUAAAAUGCGGUACAUCAUAUUAAAUGGAUUAAACAAGAUUCAUUCAUCUCAUGACGUUUAUAGUCAUAAAUUACAUUUGAUCACCAAAACAAACACCUCUUGAAAUUGACAGAAUUAUGUCAUCUUCAAUGUCCAGAUUCAUGCGUGAAGCACACUAUUAAGUUCUUCCAUGAUUCCAACUGCUGCAUGUCUGUCCUAUCUAUGUAGACAAAAUGUUUCAUAGAGAAGAUGGCAUGUCUGAUCAUGUUAAGAUUCUUGAUUUUUAUAGAUUGUAGGCUAUGUUUAUGCCUUCAUUAUUAAUUUGUUUAUGUUGUACAACUACUACGUGGACAAGAUUUACAUGAUUAUUCAGUCGUAACAUCCAAAUUCUUGUUAAAAUUGAACCAAACUGUCGGUCCCACUUUUCUGCUAUUUGACCCUCAGGUUGUGUGGCCCAUGUUGUACUGUCUGAAGUUUGUCUGGUCCUAACGUGUUUGAUUACGUUUGUCACUCUUGUGCCUCUGAAGUUGGUUAAGGCUUAGUAACACUUGUUCAAAACAAAGCAAACUGAUGUAUGGGUUGACUUUAUUCUCUAACAGUAUUUGGCUUCUUUGAAAUACUUCAGAGACGAUGUAGACCCACCAAUUGCUUUAUUUUGCCUGUCUUCUCUUCAAGGACAGUUACUGAGUUGACCCUCCAAAAAGACUAUAGAGGGGUGCACUGGUGUUGUCUCCUUAGUGGAGAGUAAUGUCCACACUAUUUUUAUUGUAUGCCUUCAUGUAUUACUUGAUUAGCCGUUAUCAGACAUUGAACAGCUUACCUCAAGAUGUUAUGUCUCGCAAUGAUUUUUACCCAAACCAGUGCAUUUUAUUGAUAUAUUGGACCUCAUUGGAGAGUAAAUGUGAUACAUAUUAUGCAACUAUUUUUGUCAUUUUUUUUCUUCUUUGAUUUGAUGGUUGUUUAAUGACUCGACUGCUUCUUGACAGCCACCCAUAGGAUGGGGCAAUGCAAGUAGGAAUCCUGGGUGGCGCAGUGGUCUAAGGCACUGCAUCGCAGGGCUAGAGGCAUCACUACAGACCUGGGUUCGAUCCUGGGUCUGUAUCACAAACUGCCAUGAUUGGGAGUCCCAUAAGGCGGUGCACAAUUGGCCCAGCUUUGUCCGGAUUAGGGGAGGGUUUGGCCGGGGUAGGCCGUCAUUGUAAAAUAAGAAUUUGUUCUUAACUGACUUGCCUGGGUAAAUUUAAAGGUUAAAUAAAAUAAGUAAAAACCGUUAAAUGAGGAUAUUGAAUCAUGAUAUUUCCAUUAAAGAAAUGCCUCGAUAGGCAACCAAAGGAGAGAAAUGUCUUGGACCGGAAGUUGUUUUAGAUCCACAUCAUAAAGUAACUUAUCAGACUUCUGUGAAUUUCUAUGUAUACUGUAUGUCACAUGGCUAGUCCAAAUUGUUAUAGUUAAAGAAUGUUACCUUGUAAACUGCGAAACCCAGCUCCUCUAUUACCACCCAAAACAAUCCUGACUGACACUUUGUCGUGAUCCAGACGGGCAUACUAAACAUUGUCCUUAUAAAACCAUUGAGUGAAUAGGAGCACUUUUUUUUUUUUUUUUUUUUUUUUUUUUUUUACACAUCAGCAAAAUGGUCUUCCGUUCAUGCCAAUUGAAAGCCUUAUUGUUGAUAAAAGUGGAGGUCACACCUCCCAGGAACACAACUGCUCACAAUUACAGACCCGGUGAAGCCAGUGAGCCAUUGUUGUUAAUUCAAAACACAACAUGAUUUUAGUGCUUCCCAGUCUUAUCAUCCAUGUCGUGCACUGUGGCUUCAACUCCUCGAGCAAUUGUUAAUUGGUUUGAGAAAUAUACAAAGAAACACUCAUGCUGUUGUCAUGAAUCCAAACACCCUCUGGAUGUACAACUUGACUAUAGUUUAUUUUGCUCUCGUUUGAUUCUUGCCUUUGUCUUGCUUGCCAUAUUUGUCAAGGGACCUGAAAAAACACAUUGAAAUAGUGUUGAAUCCCAGUAGUGAUAAUACUGGAGUUAUAGUGUGAAUUCAUAAUAAAAGCAAUAUUGGCAAGUGCACUUUGUUGGGUGUUCUAAGCACAACAUCACUAAAAAUGCACUUCAGACAGAGUAGUGUGUAGAGAUUGUUGUUGAUUUACUUAACUAAAUGGUAUUGAAAUUAACAUGGUAAAUUAUUAUCAAGCAAGACUUAUAUUUGUGACAUUUGUAGUGCCAUUUUAGCAGUAUGUUGAUUUGAUCAGGAUGUAGUUUUAGUUGGUGUUUGUACAACCCCCCCUUCUACAAAAUGAACAGACUUAAGAUAAUCACAAAUUAAAAGUUGUGGCUUAGGCAUUUUAUAGGCUAGUUUGUAUGCAACCCCUUUAAUUGUGUGUGUGUGUGUGUAUAUAGAUUGUUCUCUGUACUGCAACAUGUUCUAAGAAUAGGUGGUGGAAGAAGAUUGUGGACAAGGAAGACAAUGGAUCGCUAUGCCAUAGAACUUAACAAUGUUUUGAUUACUUUUAUAGUACAGUGAGUAGGCAUAGAGUUCUGUCUUUUAAGUGUGUUCGUGUGUGACCAUUUGGGCAGUUAGCUGUGAUGUCUUCAUUAGUGUGAGGUGAAGAGUGUGCGAUGGUAAUAUGAACCGCUAUCAGCAAAAGGACAAAGAAAACAUGUAUUCAUUCCUGUCUAUUGUAUUUCUUUACCCACUUCCUGGUUUAUAAAUACCGUAAAGAAUAUUGUUUUUCCUUCUAAUUAUUAACGUGAAAUACAUUUCCUUUGAAACAAGGGAUGUAUGUAAGAUUCUGGUGCAAUGGCCUGUAAUAGUUUUUGGUUGACUCAUUUUAAAUUUGAUUGUUAAUUUGAGCAUAUUGGAAAAUAAAUUAUAACCUAAAGGUUAGGCUUACUGCUUUCUAGUACAUUAUCCUAUAUGCUAUGUGGGGUAGACUAAUAUGCAUUAACAGACCUUUUGAAUUAAAUGUAAAGCACUGGUGUAAUUGAAAGCUUGAGGUUGGUGGUUAGAAAGUCCUUUGCUUUAACAGCCCUUAUUUUGGUUCUGGAUAUAUUAGCAUCUUAUUCAGGAGAGCGUCUCGGUUUGAUUCGGUCAUUGGGCAUUGCUUUGUAUUAUGCUAGGAUUUGUUUACUCCAAUAGACCAGCCAAGCAAAAUGUAACACAAGCCCGGUCUACGGGCUACAACCUUGAAUUAUGUGCUUUGACUGUCCAUAUUGCCUCUGCUAGAAUUUCAUUGGCUUCUUGUUUCGCUGCAAUUUUUUUCACCAUAUUGGAAGUUUCGGGUUAAAGUUAGUAAUUGGUCAAAAAGUUGAACGUUAGGGACUAUUAGUGGUUAAAAUAUCUGCCUAUCUGGUUGUAGUCCGUAGAAGGGAUAAACUAUGCCAAGCCGAUGUUGACUUCCCAUGUGACUUCAGCAUGAACUGUAGGUGAUCAUGAAAGUGUUAUUGUGCUUCAUUUAGGCCAAACUAUAAAUAAGGAGGUGCAAAGUGAGCAAGUGGAAAUGCAUGAAAUGCUUUCUCUUUGGCACCUUAGGCUCUGUUUUGAAGUACUGCUGCCUGGUGAAGAGCUUGAGCAUGCCUGCAUUCAGUAUUUUCUAGAGCGUUCAGUAAACAUUUCUUAUACGUUUUAUUAGCAUGAGAUUGUGUGAUUUUUGAGUCCAUAUUACCUCAAAUAUAUCAGUUACAAUUAAUACAUUUAAGUUAAAACAAAUGGUCUCACCUCAAAUGUCCAUGCUAUUUUGAAACUUUUACUACUAAUGUAAUUGAUAUGAUCAUGUUUUAUUUUGCCUACCUCCUUGAUGCACAGCUACUCUUUGUCUCCUUAGCUCAUAACCACAUACAGUGAGCUACAAAAGUAGUGUGACAGUGACACAUUUGGGGGGGACUAUGUACAAAAAGUGCUGCAAUUUUGUAACGGUUCACCCAAUAUGGAUGAAAAUACCCUAAAGGUAAAGCUGACAGUCUGCACUUUAACCUCAUAGUCAUUGUAUCAAAUCCAAAGUGCUGGAGUACAGAGCCAAAACAGUUUUCACUGUCCCAAUACUUUUGUAGCUCACUGUAUACUAGUGUCUGAAAAAUAUGAAAGCAUAUUAAUCACUUUUGAUCUAAAAGACAAAAAAAAAGUGAGCUUGAUUUUGUGUGUGUACGUGUGCUUGUAACAUGGAAAGAAAAAUGAUAUCCCAACAACCACUGGAAUGUGAAGCCAAACUGUAUUUUGAUCGAAUUAAAUCUCUUAAGGUCUAACUGUUGUAGCAUACAUGUGAACCUCGUCUCUGGUACAUGUUUGCUAUCCUUCAGAUACUUGUUGCAACAAGGUACUUUAUGAUUGUUUUUUAAACCCUCCUGAAAGUAUCCACCAGUAAUCAUCCUGUUUUUCAUAGUACGGUGGGUUUUUACUGUGUGUAAGUUGAGCCAUACGUCUAAAAGUCUAGUUUACAGCUGCAACUGUGUGUACAACUACCAGAGAUUGGGAGAAUGUGUGUGCAUCUAACUUACUUACAAAAGCAACAAAUAACUAAAGCUGUUAUUGAAGUAACAUUAUGGAUAUAUGUCGCAUGUGGUGUUUGUGUGAAGGGAAAUCUUAUUGCAUCCAGCCUUAAGCCUUCAAAAGAAAAACAAAUCUAGACCUUCAUUUGUGAUCAUGCUACCACCACAACUCCCCUCACCUCUCCCAACCAAAUGACCUUUGACUGAAGCAUAGGAAUGUGAGAUACAGUAAUAGGGGUUAGAGAUCUAUUCCCUAAAAGACACACACACACAAAUAUCCUUCCAACCCUGAACAAAUCUCCAAGUUGUUCAUUAUUUUGUGACAAUGCAAUCCUUGAAAGCACUUUGCCUUGUUAUAUAAUUGUGUGCUACUGAAUGGUUAUUUCUUACAAAAUGUUACGAAAAUGUAUAAAAUACAUGAUUUCAUGAUUUUAGUGAAACGGCGUAAUCUGCAUUGACCUUUCUGACAUUACAGGAGAAACUUAAUAAACCAAGGCAUUGAAACCUGAUCGAUUUUAUACAAUGUAUGCUACAGCAUUUGAGUCUUGUCAUUCAGUGUUGUGGCUUAGGAUUGGUUAUGUUUAAAUAAAUUGCUAUUGCUUAAUAUCUA